GCAGCCUCGGUAAUGGCAAGUGACAGAGAGUGAGGAAGACGAGGAGAAACUUUUUCUUUUCUUCCUCAGCCAGCAGUCGCCGUCGGAUGUUUUUUUCUUUAAUGCUUGACAUCAGCAGCAGUGUCAUUUUCCCAUUUUUUAUUCUACUUUGACAUAAUAAAAGCGUCUCGUGUCGUUUUCAGUGAGUCUUCCGCCUUCCGCGUGAGGCUUGAAAUUCCCAUUUUUAAGUCGCGUUCAGUGAAGUUUGUGUCUCGAGACGCAGAAGGAGAAGAGGAGCUAUGACGAGCCGGGAGGAUGAGUAUGAUUACCUGUUCAAAGUGGUGCUAAUUGGAGAUUCAGGUGUAGGGAAGAGUAACCUGCUGUCCCGCUUCACCCGAAAUGAGUUCAACCUGGAGAGCAAGAGCACCAUCGGGGUGGAGUUCGCCACACGCAGCAUCCAGGUAGAGGGCAAGACCGUCAAGGCUCAGAUCUGGGACACAGCCGGGCAGGAGCGAUACCGAGCUAUCACUUCUGCGUACUACCGUGGAGCAGUUGGAGCUCUCUUGGUCUAUGACAUUGCCAAGCACCUGACAUACGAAAAUGCUGAGCGUUGGUUGAAGGAGCUGCAGGACCACGCAGACAGCAACAUUGUCAUCAUGCUAGUGGGAAACAAAAGUGAUCUACGCCACCUGAGGGCGGUGCCAACGGAUGAGGCCAAGGCCUUGGCAGAGAAGCAUGGCUUGUCUUUCCUGGAGACGUCAGCUUUAGACUCAUCUAAUGUGGAGCUGGCUUUCCAGACUAUUCUUACAGCCAUCUACAACAUCGUGUCACAGAGGCAGAUGUCGGGGCGAACCGACUCAGACUUCUCACCAGCUUCCAACGUAGUGCCCAUCACGGUUGAGCCCACCCAAAACUCAGCCAGUAAGGGUGUCUGCUGCCAGAGCAACUGAGACCUUACCGCUGACCUCCUCCUCCACCUCCAGGCAAUUGGAGAAACAGCCAGAUAGACAGACAGACAGACAGACAGACAGAUGGACAGGGAGAAUGGAGAGACAGGUAGAGAUCACUAUUUCACACAAGGACAGUUGUGCGGGUUUGUCUGUUGUCGUGUUAAGACAACGUAAUACAGAAUGAAGAGGGGGACCAGUAAAGGAGGGACGGUAAAGGAGUUUAGACGGGGGUUGUGGUGUGGGAGGAUUAGCAUCAAUGGAAAGAAAACGGGUGAAAUGCAACGUACCCAAGUGCAUUAAGCUUUUGAAAUAGGCACAUGAUCAGAAUGAUAAAUUGUAACGCAUUAAGAGGUCCCUUUUGUAUCUCAUCACGAUUUUUGUCUUUCAAAACUGUCCUCCCUUUUGACAGCUCUAUUCCACAAGCCAGUUAAUGCUUUAUUUCAGUUUCCCACCACCAGUAUAUCGGGCAAUAGAAAUCCACAUCCAAAAGAUUGAACUGCAACCCCUCUGUCGCCGCAGUCAUUCCAAUUUUUCUUUCUUUAAAUGUAUAAUAUUUAGAAGAUAAUGUCCCGUACAAUAUUUAUUGAACACUAGAUUAAGGUCUUCUCUGGCCAAACGGUUUAGUAAUUUAACACUAUUUGGUUUCGAUUUUCCACACUGAUCGCUUCGCAGCAACGGGAGCUCUCUUGGUUUUUGAUGCCUGCAAUCAUAUUUCUGUUUGAAGAAGCUUGUAAGGGGCAACUACCCCUCUCUAAUGCAGGAACAGGGGCCUCAAGUCUUUUUUUUUUUUUUCUUUCUAAAUGCACAUGCUGGAGUUUGGUCAAAGUUGCUUGAUUUCAAGUUGUGUUCCACUCGGAGCAAUAACAUCCCUCCCUACCAGUGACAUGUCAUUUUUUUUUUUUUGAUUGCUUUUGAUCCUUGUUUGGAAGGCUUUUCCUGCUCUGCGCACACUUUGUACCCUACAGAUGAGUCAUGCUCUUGCAGCUAUCUCGUCUCAUUUAGAGUUGACGCCGUGCAAAAAGCUUGCGUCACUAGUGAACGGGUUAACGGCCUCACAAGUCGGUGGGAUAGCAGCAUUGGCUCUCCUGAUCACUGUUUCACCCCUGCCUUGAACCUUUGAGUGUAGUGGGAGAGAUCAGGGGUUUAAAUGCACGGACAACCCUGUGCUGCUGCUGCAGCCUCUGCUGCGUGCUUGCUGGGAUAGGUGGACGGAUAAUGUUUCAGGGGAUGAGUUAGCGAGGGCACUCAGCCCUGCCCUGCUGCUGUGGUCUCUGAUGUACCCGAGAUGGCUUGUUUUACUGUAAGUGAAAUCCUCCACUGCCUGCUACCUACUCCUCUCUGUCUCUCUCUACACUGAAUGUAACUGGAACAGGACUCUGCCUUCUGGGAUCUCCCUGAGGUCUGCCCUCGCGCUCACUAGUCUGUAUUUCCUGUGGAGGGGGCGGGGGUUGUAUUCGGGGAGCCAGCAUUGGGUUUGUUAGUAUCUAAUAGUUUAAUAGAUCGAGGAAAAAGGAGAAAGGAUGGUAGUGUUGGGAGGGGCUUAAUUAAAUCCAAAGGUUAUGCACACAGAUGGUGUUUAUCCUGGUUGUUUCCACAUCAACACUGACUUCUGUUGACUUUGCAGGUCUUAAACUGGGUGGUGUAGGUUAGGGCUUUUUAAACAUUUAUUCUAAUAUGUAUAUUUGGAUUGCAUAUGUAUAAAUAAAUCUCAUUUGUUAUAGCCUGCCUCUUCUCAUGUCUUGUUAAGAUGUUUCUAAACAAUAAAUGAUGCAAAUAGC